AUGAUGGUUCCUAUUCGCAUCAUCCAGGGCCUCUUCGCCCUGGUGGUGAUAAGCCUCUCAGGUUUCGUCGCUCACUGGUACGACUCGACUAUGGUCGUAUCCUCCCCGUCCCAACUAAACUUCCUCAUUUUCGGCGGCGUCUGGUCACUCCUUUCACUGGCCUACAUCUCGGUCAUUCCGCGUUUCUUCCCAAAGGCUUCCAACUCAUUCAUCGCCUUUGGCGUCGAGGUCUCAAACGUGCUGUUCUGGUUCGCCGGUUUCGUUGCCCUCGCCGUCUUUCUCAGCAAGCUGUUCCUCUGCCACGGGCCAAUCUGCCACUCGGCGCACGCCGAUGUCAUCUUCGCCGCCCUUUCAUUUGCUAUUUGGACUGCGUCGGCCGUACUCCAAGGCAUGGACCUUUUCAAGACCGGGUUUCGCCAGCGGGCGCCGGUGCGGGCGCCGGUGCCGGCACCGAUGAAAGAGACUGCGUAG